UCUGCCAAAUGGUUGGAUUUCUGGUCGCAAACAGUUUCAAACGCUUGAGUCCAUCAAUGCGAAAAAGAAGAAAAGCACGCUCGGCCGACCGAACCCCGGUCAGCAAAGAAGGCUUUCUUCCGGUGUGUCGCGACGUGAAGUAAACUCGAGUAGAAAUGGCGCCGCGCUACGAAAUGGCUGUGGGCCUCCACAAGGGGCACAGGACCACCAAAAUCCGUACCCUCAAGACUGUUGCUGCAACUGUUGACAAGAGGAACAGGAUGCGCCCUUCCAGAACCAAGGGUCUCCAAACCAAACACACUAAAUUUGUGCGAGACUUGAUCCGUGAGGUUGUUGGCCACGCUCCCUAUGAAAAGAGAGCUAUGGAAUUGUUGAAGGUUUCCAAGGAUAAGAGAGCUCUGAAGUACCUGAAGAGGAGGUUGGGCACCCACAUCCGUGCCAAGAGGAAGCGUGAAGAGCUUUCCAACAUCCUCACCCAGAUGCGUAAACACGCCAAGUAAUCUGUUCUUUUCUAAGCCAUUAAAUCUUCAAAAAAUC